GUAGGCAGGUCGACGCGAACACAAGGUAGACCACAGAGAGAAAAAGGCGGCUUUGAUCCCCCAAAAGGAAUCUCAAUGUGUUUGUGAAGUUUUAAAAAAUCAUGUCCAAGAAGGACGUCUGCACAUAAAUUAUGAAGAAUGGAAAAUUUGAAUAGAUCAUAAGUAUGGUUUUUUAUAGCAGAUGGAUAGAAAACAAUGUCCUUCAGUAUGACUAGUAAGAUUCGUACUUGCCAUUGUGAUUCUAUUUCGAGACUUAUGGACUUUCCAGUUAUACUUACGAACAACUGAGGAAGAGAUGUAGCUCUCACUGCUUCCGGUAUCCACUAGAGCUUGCAUUGAUUUCCCAUUGACAGUAAGCUGCGUAACAGCAUCAGUGAGACUUUGAGGUGCUGAAGCCACAACGAGAGAUGAAAUUAUAGAGUUAACUGAAGAUGGACUUUUUCGUAGAUGGCGCAGACCUUCUGAAAAUGUCCUUGCUUGCCACAAGCUUUGCAAAUUGCAUCACGGGCGGGGCAUUUGGAACGAGGAUGUCUACGAUUACCACAGAAAAAGCAUUUGGAUUCAACGGCAGCAAUGGUUGUUUCAUUGACGAAGGGUGUGGAAUCUGAUGAAUGAGAAAUACGUUCUGAAGUCUCCAGCAGCUGUACGAAUCGGUUCACUCGCUCUGCAAUUAUCUUCUCAGAUAGAAAAAGCUUGUCAACGUGAUUCAUUUUCACGUUUCCUAUUAUCUACUCACAGAGCAUUAAUAGCCAACCUACUUUUAUGUCGUCACUCAGGGACACUGAUUGCCCGUCGUUUACGAGACAAGUAUUCCAGUCUACAUUCUACCUUAAAAACAGAUUCUCGGUUAUUUGUGACUCAAAAAGUUCUGCUUGGUGGAUCACUUAUUUCAUUUGCUCAAGAUAAAAUCACAGAUGAAGAAGUCUUAGUCACAUUGAAAAGCUUUUCAACGAAAGGUGGUGAUUCAAAUAGUCUCGAAAACACCAACUCGUUUGAUACAGAAAAUGAUGCUAGUGAGGAAAAUCAGCCUCCAUUUACUACUCAAGAUCCUACUCAUAAUCAACUUUGUGAAUCAUGGGAUCCUCCUUUGACUUUAAUUAUAAGGCAACUACUCCAGAAUUAUGCCGAGCGAAAAUCAUUGUUUUUACAUCCUGCUUUAGAAUCACUUUCAACCGAGGAUUCUAGCUCACAUCUUGACUCUAAUCCUCAAAUAAACGAGAUCCCUAGUGUGAAUAGUUUUAAUACCUCCCUUUCAUCAUUCUUUAUGGACCUGGACAUUCAACCAGAUGGUACAGGUUUCGUUGAUGAUUCAUGGGAAUUGGUGUUUGAUCGGCCAAAUAUGCAUGUUUGGCGAAAACCUGCAAAAGUAUAUCUUGACGACAAUGAAAAUAACUCUCCAAAGUCAAGCAAUAAAUACGAAUAUCGUGUUUGUGGACAAUUCCAUGACAUAUCAGCCUCAUCAUUUUUGGAAGUACAACUUAAUCUUGACUAUCGACGACAUUGGGAUGAUAAAAUUGUAGAAUUGGAUUAUAUUACACCAAGUGAUGUUGAUAGCAAGGAUUUUUCUAUCAUUCGUUGGGUUGUUCGCUUUCCAUUCCCGUUGGUUAAUCGUGAGUAUAUUUACAUGCGUCGUUGGUGGAUUCAACCUGGUGAAUGUCAUUCAAAUAUUCAAAAAUCUCCAGAAUUAUCCAGUGAACACAAAGACAAGUCUGCAGCAUCAGUCGUUUUAUGCCAAAGUAGUACAACUGAGGGGGCUCCAUCGUUUGGUCGUUACGCUUAUGUUAUUUCACGCUGCCCCUCAGAUUUUCAAAAUAGAUGCAUUCAGUCUUCAGGUAUCUCUUCAGUGGAGUCUUCGAAAAUGUCAAGUUUAUGGGCGAAUGCGAAAAGACGUGAUCUUGUACAGGUUCAUGAAUACCAUUCUGAGAUGUUGAUUGAAUCACAUGGGAAAUUCAGUCAGACUGGAUUAAAUUACUAUUUGAUCUACUAUGAUGAUCCAUGCCUUCCAGUUAAUGGUUCUCCAAUGAAAUUCUUCUCUGUUAAAGCUAUGGAGGAAUUUAUGUUACAACUUCAUAAAGCUGCAUUAAGACUACAUCAAAAUGGUCUACCACCUGGUAUCCAGCCUAUAGUAUACUUUGUGGAUGAAAUAAAAAGCAAUCAGAAAUCUGAUGUAGCUCCUGAGCUGAAAACAUUCCCACCUCCAAAAAAUAAACCAUCUGGUAAUAAAAAGUCAAAAUCAUAUUUCUUCACCGACCGCCCUCCAUCGGAACCCAGUUACCUUGAUUCGCCUGCAGCUGCCUUGUAUUGAUUGCUGAAAGUAAUAAUAGUAAUAAUAAUAAUAAGGAUAAGAAGUCUUUUUGUUGUUUUUUUUCUAGCUAUACACACAUGGUUUGCAUUUAUGCUAUGCAUUGCUCUUUGUCUGGUGGUGAUUUAAUGAUGACGACAGUGACUUUAAUUUCUCGCCUUCGAACUUACACCUAAAACCGGUCCUCUAUGUGUUUUCUCUUUAUAUUCUUUCUGAGUAAUUUGUUUACUUGUAUUUAAAACAGUAAGAAAAGCAAAUGAUUUGUUGUGUUCUCUUCAUCUCAUUGUUUCCUUGUAUUGAAUAACAACAGUAGUUUACUAUUUUUUCCCUAGAUUUAGCACUUACUACUUAAUUACUUAAUACUGAAGCUUUUUGUACACAUAUUUAGAUGGAUAUAAAGACGAUGGUGCUUAAAAAAGAAUGCAGACACUUCUGAAUGAAGACGUGAACUCUCUGAACCGGAAAAAACCAUAGUUUGAGAUUAUUUUUGUUUCUCUUUUUACUUCAAAAUAAACAACUCACAAAUGUAAUUACACAAAUAUGUACAGUAUGGAUAAAAAUAUAUAGUGAUUUAGUUAUAUUUCUUAUGUUUUUAAAAAAUU